CCCCCUCCAGUCUACCUCCACCCACCGGAUCAUUGGAAUCCCGUUCGCGAGAAGAUCGGCGACACCGCGCACCGAGCAUGGCAACUGACCAGCACCGCCGCGCACCGAGCAUGGCAGCCGGCCAGCAACGUCGCGUGAAGCUGAUAGUUAGCUACGGCGGGAGGAUCGAGCGCGCUGAGGGUCGGCCGCCGAGGUACGUCGGCGGCGAGCAUCUGCUCCUGAAUGUCCUUUCGUCCGUCUCGACGAGGGGCUUCCGCGACCUGCUGGCGGCGCGCGCGGGCUUCUCCAACUUCUCCGUCAAGUAUUGCUACUCCGGCGAGGGGCUGGACUCGCUCUGCGACGUGGACACGGACGAGGACCUCCGGGACAUGCUGGACAUCUUGCUCUACCGGGACCUGCAGGCCCGGCUGUUCAACGACCAGAACACGCGCCGGUUCCGGGUCUACCUGUUCCGCGACGCCGCCGCCCCGUCGCCGACCUCCCAGGCCCUCGGAAAACCAGCUCCCAUGCGGCGUAGCGCGACGUCGCCAGCUCUGUUGUCGGCGAAGACGGCCGACGUCGGCGGGCGGCCCUCCCAUGGCCUGGCCGCUCCCACUCCCUCUCUCGUGGCGCGGAUCACGACGUCGCCGAAUCUGUUGUGCGAGACGUCGACGGUUGGCACGGCGCCCUCCAAGCCGCCGCUCGCCCCCACUCUCGCACGGCGGAUAGCGUCGUCGACUUUGUUAACGGCAGACUCUACAGAUGACACGGCUUCUUUGAUCACCACCACGUCGACAUCAGCAGCCAGAGCUACCCAACAUACACCACCCCACGCGGCGGCGUUCUGGCCGGCAGAGCAGCGUAAUCCGGUGUACCAGGCGGCUCCAGUAUUCUUGGUGCCAGUAAUGCCGCAGGUCAUAAUCCACCGGCCAGAGAUCAUACUCGUACCCAUGUUCAAUUCAAAGGUGGCCAUGGGCUGAGAAUUUUUGGAGUCACAAUCGAAUAUGAAAAUACUCAGUCAAAUGAGAAUUAGCAAUCCAUAGUUUGUGUAGAUUAGAUCUCUCACAGGUUGUAGAUAUGAGGUGACAAAUUAAAAUUCUAGAUUGUCAGUGGUUAUGCACUAUGGGAUGUAACUUAUAGGCGUGACUUCAAUUUUUUUUAUAGUUUACUCUAAAUUGUUUAUACAGUAUAUUUUAUAAAUAAUGAUGUCAAAUCCUCUAUAUUCAGUGUUAGUAUCACC